UACACGCUUUCGUUGGUUUGUUAAGAAACAAGGAUGAUUCACAUAGCGUGUGCUGCGAUAACUCAUUGGUUGGAGUUCCACGCAAUCGAUGCCACGUAAUAUUCCGGGAUCCCAAUAAUUAGUUGUCCAAACAUAAUAUAAUAGCACAACCCAUCUAACUAUAGCAGUUCAGAAACCUCUAUAUAAAAGGCACCACAUUCAUUCACUCUACAAGUCUCCAAAAAAACCUCCUCAAGUACCCAACACGUUAUACAUACAACUCUUCAAAACUCAUCUCCCCACAAAACACAUAUUCCUCUACCAUAUCAACUUACCUUCUGAUUUUUUCACAGAUGGAUGAAAAUCAGAUACAAGAGCUUCAAUCUACUAGCUGGUUCAACAACUACAAUCAGCUCCUUAAGAAGGCUUUGCAGUUUCUCGUUUCGCUCUCCUUUCUUUCAUUCCUUUUUCUCUCUUGCUCCUCCUCACCCAGCUCACAUUUUUCCCACUACUUGAAAUUUCACUCCUCCACGUUGCUUUUCCCGAUUUUAAGCCAGGCCCUUGACAGAAAGUACAUAUUCCUUAUUUGCAAUGGUAUAGUGGCCAUUCUCGUGAAAAGCCUGAGCUUUACGACCAACUCUAUGCCUAGUCCUGAUUUUACAGAAGAUGUGGUGAAGGCAGUGGCCGAAACGGAAGCAUCGGUUGAUGAUAAGGAAUCCAUCAUUGGAUGUGCUAUGGAACCUCUGGAGAAUGUCUCCAACACAGAAGUAGAAGAAGAAGAGGAGAAUGGAUCUUUGAGCAUUCGAGGAGGAGAGAGUCCACCUCUGAUAACAGGAACAGAAGAAGAAGGAGGAGGAGGAGGAGGUGAGCCUUCGAUUCCACCAUCAUCAGCAGAGGAUGAAGGGAAUGAAGUGAACGUGAGUACUGAAGAAUUAAACAGGAAAAUCGAUGAGUUCAUAAGGAAGAUAAAGGAAGAAAUCAGGAUUGGAGCUCAAAAACAACAACUCGUUGCUGUGUAAUGCACAUCGAUGCAAUCACUAUAUGUGUAUCAACAAAACAGCUUUCAUAGGAUCCAGGGCCUCAAAUGCUACGGUACACCCCCCAUUCCAUAUACACCCGUAUAACCAAAUCAUUGAGAGGUGUAACCAAACACUUCCGUUUGGUUACGCCUCUCAAUGGUUUGAUUAUGCCACUCAAUGGUUUGGUUAUAUGGAUACAUAUGGUAUGGGGGUGUGUACCGAGUAUGACCCACAGUUUAAACAACUAAAACUAUACUAUUACAGUUUAUUCAACCUUUUUAGUCCUUUCUCCUUGUGAAUGGGAUUUUGUUCUCUCCAUUCCCUUUCAAAGUUCAUCAACUUUUGGUUAAUCUCAAUCAAAUAGGCAACAGUGCAACUCAACACUCAAGACUUCAGUUUUUAGAAAUACUAUUUGAAAAGAUUGUAUUAGGUGGCUUGAUGAUUCAUGGGCCAAGGGUCGUAUAAAUUACCAGAGAUUA